UAACCUCGAUGUAUUAUAAAACAAACAGUCACCUAACUAAUCAGCGAAAUUACCCUUGGGUUAUCUUCCUGCUUGUUAUUUUUAUUCAGUACAGGCUUUCAUAAACGUUUCAUAAUGAUAGUUGUGACGGAAGCUUGGAUAUUCAAUGGACCGAUUCAACACUUACUGGCGAUGGUCUUUGUUGCCAUGUUUAUUGGAAUUUCAUACUUGUUCGUGAAAAAAGUACAAGAUCUUGAAAUACAGUUAGUAGUUUUAAAAGAAAAAAAUAGUGUUCUUAAAACUGAAAGUGAAAAUUUGAAAAGGAAAGUAGAGUUAUUGGAAAUAUCUUACAAGCAGUUUGUUGACAGAUCUGAAGAGAACAAAAUUGAGGACGCUAAGCAAGACACUCCUAUGGUAGCGUUUUAUGCCAACACAGUGACAGAUCACGUUAAUCUUGGCGUCCAUCGAACUUUGGUUUUUGGAAACGUCAUAACUAACAUAGGAAACUGUUAUCACAACUCCACCGGAAGCUUCGUUCCGAAGGUCUCUGGAAUUUACAUAGUAAACGUGCAAAUACUCUGUUCUCCUGGAUAUGAGUUACGCACGGAACUAGUUGUAGAGGGCGCUGUAAAGGGUACGCAUUAUAUCGGUGAUUCGACUCACUAUUCUAAUGGCGGAGGGAUGGCGGUAGUACACGUGGACGCUGGAGACUGUGUCUGGGUAAGGGUGGCCACAACAGACGGUGAAAAUGACAUAGCAUGGGAAAGCAGCUUCUCGGGAUUUUUGUUAUAUUCAGAUUCAUAAAGUUAGUUUUUCUUGGAAAUAUGUCUUGGAAAUGUAAAGGAGAAUCCCUAUGCCAAUUCUAUAAAAUCCAUAAUUGUUUUUCCAGCAAUGUAUUUUAUAUGUACAUACCUUUUAUUUUUUUUGUGUGUUUCCGUUUUUAUAACUUUUGAAUUAAGUAUCUGAUUCUAAAAUUAUCAUUUAUUAACGUAUGUGGUACUUGAUUUAAUACCAAUUGUCUCAACACCAUGAAAUCCUUUUCAAUGUUUCGAUAUGCACACAUGUACCUCAAAAGCGGGACAUAUCAAAUACACGUAUUGCUUGUGGUAAAAAUUAAUCUAAUUUGUUAAUUAUACCCCUGCAAACGAAGUUUAGGGGGGUAUAUUGGUUUCACCCUGUCCGUCUGUCUGUCCGUCCGUCUGUCCGUCUGUCUGUAGACGCAACUUUGUCCCCACUAUAGAAUUUUUUAUUACUGCAUGGAACAGUUUGAAAAUUUGUACAUAUGUUGAACACCAUCUGAAGAUGUGCACCUGCAAUUUUUUUUAAGAUCAGACAAGAUUUAAUGAUUUUAUGACAGUUUUCAUUUUCCCUAUUCUAUAUAUUGUACACUAAUGUUGAAAAGUAAGGGAGGUAAUCCUUACAGAUUUUAUUAAUUAAUUAAUAGUAUUAAAACACUCUAAUGUAUAUUUAUAUAAAUACACCCAGAUGGAGGUUUUUUGUCUUUAUGUCUUAAUUAAUAAAAAAAAAUAUUUUUUAAUACUAUUCUAUCAACUAACAAUGCAAAGUUUUUGUUUGUCAAUGAUAAAUUCUUAGGAGCUAAUUAGAACAUCAAAGACAAGUGUGGCUGAAUUCAUUUGUCCCAAGGGAGCCAUUAUCUGAGCCAUGGUUCAGAUGGAGCAUGUGUUUAGGGGAAAUUGAUAAUCUGUAAAAUGGGUGAUAGUUUUUGGGCUAUUCUAAAACUGUUUCAUGUAAACCAAAAGUUUCUAUCAUUAUAAGGAAAUAAUAAUAUCAUUUUUAAUAAAGAAGUUAAACUAUU